AUGAAUGUAUUAUUGAGCUUCCUUGCGCUGAGCAAAUUCUUUUUACUGGCGAUUGCAGUUCCAGUGAGAGAUGAUGACCUUUACACGGAGAUGGUCGAGGCACAACUAGAUGAAGAGUUCGAGGAGCAGGUCGAGAGAACAGAGGUGCGGUCAUCUGGCUUUGAGAGCAGCCCUGGUGCCACCGGGAGGGCUCUGUUCGGGCUGUCUGACGGGCUCUUCGAGGAAUUCCCGUUUCUCAAUUACGUCGACGUGUUUUACGGCACAGAAGGCGGCGGCCACAUGUUUCCUGGAACAACUGUACCGUUUGGGAUGUGUAAGAUGGGAGUUGACGUUCUGCAUCCGCACUCCACGGACGCGUACUCUGGCUACCACUCUACGGGCGAUGUCUGCGGCAUUUCGAUGCUCCACGAGUCUGGAACCGGCGGGUCGCCAACGUACGGGGUCGUUUCUCAGCUUCCGCUAAUGGCCAGCAGUGCCAGUGAUGUGGACACUAGUAGACAGAUCGCCUUCCCACGGUCUAAGCCGGACGCCGGCCACAUAGGCUACUACAGGGUCAGUCUCUCCAACCGUGUCACGAUUGAGUUUUCUUCCAACAGCCGCUCCGGGCUUUAUAAGUACACGUUCCCUACUAAGCAUCAGCAGCAUCAUAUGUCACCUAUAGUGAUGGUCAAUGUCACGCAGCACUUGCACUCGGUAAAGAGACCGUGGUGGACGCAGAAUUUCGAAGGGGGCUACAUCAAAGUGGACAAAUCGUACAAGUCCUACAGAGGCAAAGCUUAUUUCUCGGGCGGGUGGAGUGACCCAGGCACUUGGAGCGUCAGCUUUUAUGGUGUGUUUGACAAGCCUGCAAAAAGAGUUCGCGCUUUCCAUGGUUCCAAAGCCUACAACCGUCUCAGAUUAAAUUUGGCUAAAAGCCUAAACUCAAAUAUGGGUAUGCUCUUUGAGUUCGAGAAGGGCACUAAGGUUCUUUAUUCACAUGUCGGGGUCAGCUUUAGCGAAACGGAUGGCAUUAAUGUGGCAAGACAAAACCUUGCACUGAACUACCCGGAAGAAAACAUGUUCGAUCUUCACUGGAGUGUCAGAAGUACGGCAGAAGCCUGGGAUAAUGAGGUGUUUUCUAAAGUCAACAUUGAUGAAUCAAAAGAAGAUCCCAUUAUCGUGGAGAAAAUGUAUAAUGCCCUUUAUGGUUCUCACCUCAUGCCGUCAGACAAAUCAGGACGCGAAGCGCCAUGGCCCACAAACGAGCCUUAUUAUGAUGAUUGGUUUACACUCUGGGACACUUUCAGAUGUCUUCAUCCGUUGCUGAACAUCUUAAACACGAAAAGAAGCGCCGAUAUGACACGCAGCUUGAUAGAAAUUUGGAGAAAAGAAGGCUAUAUGCCGGACGGCCGAUCUGCUAGUCGGAGCGGCAGGACCCAGGGCGGCAGUAACGCGGAUAUCGUUCUAGCAGAUGCAUUUGUAAAGGGAGUGGGAGAAGGUGUUGAUUGGCAGGACGGGUUCAGCGCUAUGCGAUCAAAUGCUGAUAAAAGCCCAGAAUAUAUUUUGGACAAGGCCGCCCCAGACUCUACAAACAAGUAUGGUAGAGGUGCCCUUAAUGACUGGCUGGAACUAGGAUAUAUCACUAGAAGAUUUUCUCGGUCAGUAACCAGAACAAUGGAAUACGCUUACAAUGAUUUUGCCUUAUCAGUAGUUGCAGAAGGACUCGGUUACUUUGAAUUAGCGAAGCAAUACUUGAAGAGAUCUUCCAACUGGCAGAAUAUAUGGAAUUUUGAGGCGACCACGCCUGAAUACGACUACAGCGGUUUUAUCCAGCCCAAAGAUUCUAAUGGCAAUUUUAUCGAGAAAAAGUACAAUCCUCUGUCUUGCUUCGGGUGUUACUGGCGUGACGAUGAAUAUGAAGGAAAGCCUAUAGAAUACGGCUGGGCUGUACCGCACGACAUUCAAUCUCUUAAAGAAUUCAUUGGUCCAGAUGAGCUGUUUAUGCGUCGCCUUGACGACAUGUUCGACCUGUAUGGAGAUGGAAUCGCGGACAUCGGUAAUGAGCCUAGCUUCUUAACACCUUACCUGUUCAACUUCAUCAAUGCUCAGUAUAGAACAUCCGAAACCCUUGGUUACCUUAUCGACCAUAAGUUCCUUCUCGGUCCUAAGGGCCUCCCUGGAAACUCCGAUGCAGGGGCCAUGCAAGCUUGGCUAUGGUUUGGGCUUGUCGGGUUCUAUCCAAUUGCCGGAACUGACAUUUACCUGAUAACCAGCCCCAAGAUUACUGAGCUAGAGAUCCAACUUGAGGGGAAUGGUAAAGCUUUGAUACAAGCCCACAAUUUGUACGCAGAAGAUGCUGACAGUGAAUACGAUUAUGACAAAGCACACAGUUCUUUUACUCGUAAUCUCUACAUUUCAAGUGUUGAGUUGAAUGGAAAACUCAUCAACCGUAAUUGGUUCACUCACGAGGAGCUUUUUGGAAGCAAUGGCGGUCUGUUGGUCUUUACCAUGACUGACGAACCAACCUUUUGGGACGCCGACGGUGAGUAUCCGCCUAGCAGAGGCCACUUUCAAAGAGAUGACAUAGAGCGGCCAAAUCGGUUGGUAGAUUAG